UUUUUUUUUUUGGGAGGUUUCAUAGCAGAAAUGGCUUCAUUAAUAGCGAUUUCCACUGCUAUUAAAUCUAUAGAUGCAAAAAAGGAUGAUCUUCGUAAAGCUUUCGAAGAUCUCAAAGCACACUCUUCUUUCCUUUCUUCCUUCACCCUUCAAUGGAAGGAUCUGGAUGAUCAUUUGAACUCGAUCAAGAGUUCUAUAGAGAAACGUUUCAAGGAACUUGAAUCUAUCGAUCCACAAGCCGGUGAUGAAUUGGCUGUGGAAAAAUCUCCUCACCCGAUUCCUGGGUCUAAUGGGAAACAGACUUCUUCGGCAACUGCGCCGGUGAAGAAGGAAGAGGAGUCGGAAAUAACUCCUCGACCUGAGUUGAAAUCCCUAUGCAUCAAGAUGGAUGGAAAGGGUUUGCGUUCCUAUGUAGUUGAUCAUCGUAAAGAACUGGAUCUUAUCCGGGGAGAAGUUACUGUUGCUUUUAAAUCGGCUUCGGAUCCGGCAAAGCUUGUUUUGGACGCAAUGGUAGGUUUUUUUCCUCCCAAUUCCAAAGGAGACAAGGAUGGUGAAUUGGCGGCUAUUAGAAGAACUUGUAUUCUUUUAUUAGAACAGCUAAAGACGAUCUCUCCACAAAUUUCACCUCAAGUGAAGGAGAAAGCUAAGAAAUUGGCCCUUGAAUGGAAAGGGAAGCUUACUCUAGGCGGUCCAAAUCAUUUAGAAGCCUUAGCUUUUUUGCAGCUUCUUGCUACCUUUGAUUUGGUCUCCGGAUUUAGUAUUGAUUGGCUUCUUGAUCUUCUUGUUACUAUUGCUCGGCGCAGACAGGCUCUUGAAUUGUGUCGAGCGCUUGGUUUCACAGAUAAUAUGCCUGAUUUUAUCGAGAAACUUACUAGUAAGGGGAAGCAUAUUGAGGCUGUAAAAUUUGCCUAUGAAUUUAAGCUUGCUGACAAAUUUCCACCAGUACCUCUCCUUAAAAGUUACAUUAAGGAGUCCAAGAAAACAAUCCAGGAAAUUCGUGUAAAGGCAAAUUUCUCGACUCAGUCGCAGAAUGAGGCUACGGCCAAGGAAAUUGCUGCCUUGAGAGCAGUUAUUAAAUCCAUCCAAGAACAUAACCUAGAAUCACAGUACCCAUGUGGGAGUCUUGAGAAGCAAAUUGAGCAGUUGGAAAAGAAGAAGGCUGAUAGGAAACGUCCUGCAGCAGCUGCUACUGCCUCUAAACAGCAGGCUGGAACUGGAAAAAAUAAACGUGCUCGGCAAUCUGCCCCUGCUGUUAAUUCCAUGACCGAGACUGCUACUAGUCUUCACUCAAUUCAUCACACUCAGAUGCAGCAAUCUGGCUUGUUGCCAGAUCGUGUUGCGUCUUAUCUUGGUUCUGCUGCUGGGUCCUCCUAUGGCUUGCAAGGCCCUUCCUCUCUAACCCCAUAUGGAAGUUCAUCUUCUGCAUUGUAUGGUGGUACUGAAAACUCAGUCAAUUAUGGUGGAAACCUAAGCCCUGCUAGGUCUCACCUGUACUCUGCUCUCCCUUCGCACCUUUCACAUCCUCCGCCUUCACAACCAUCUGGACUUUAUGACAGGUCUUUGAGCUAUGGUGGAUAUGGUUUACCACCUCAGUACCGUCCUUCUUACUAUCCUUGAAAGCAGUCAUGCUUUUUCUUAUCAAAUGACUUCUAUGUCAUUGUACA